AUGGCACCUGUGAAGGAUAAAGUGGUGCCCAUGAGGGGACAAAUGGAGCCCGUGAGGAAGACAAGGGUGGAAAUGGUGCCUAGGGCGCCCUACACCCCCCCCCCAGAACAUGGUGGGGGGCUCUCUACAGUAUUGGCCCUGAGCAAGAAGGCCCAGGAGGUGGAGGCCCUGCUGGGGGAGACCAGGAUGCUCCAGGGGAAGCUGCAGAGCCAAGAGGACGAUUUCCGUCUCCAGAACAGCACCCUGCUCAGGGAGCUGGCCAAGGCAGAGGUGGCUCAGCUGCAGGAGGAGGUGGCCAAGGAGGAGAAGGAGGCGCUGUCUGAUGGGUGUUUUUGGGCUGUUUUUGGCUGUUUUGGUGGCAGGGCCCGGCGCGAGGCGCAGGCGCAGCAGCUGCAGCAGCUGCAGGAGUUGCAGGAGCUGCAGGCUCGGGGCCGGCGGCUGCAGCAGGAGCUGGAGGCGGCCACCGAGGCCCAGGGGGGGCUGCGGGAGCUGAGCGAGGCCCAGGCCCGGGAGCUGCGGGACAGCCGGAGCCAGAGGGAGAGCCUGGAGAGAGAGCUGCAGGUGUGCUCAGGUGAGCGGGAGCAGCUGCGCCAGCGCCUGCACGAGGCCGAGGCCGCCCAGGAGCGGCUGCGCGAGGAGCAGGAGCAGCAGCGGGGGCAGCUCCAGGAGGAGCUGGGGCAGCUGCGGGCGGCGCUGGGGGAGGAGCAGCGGCUGCGGGAGCUGCACGAGGCCGAGGGGCGCGCCCUGAGACAGGAGCUGAAGGACGUGCGGGAUGGGCAGCGCAUCCUGGAGAAGAAAGGCAGCGCCGCCCUGAAGGAUUUGAGGAGGCAGCUGCAGCUGGAGCGGCGCCGGGGGGAGCGGCUGCAGGAGCGGCUGCAGGAGCUGCUGGUGCCCAGCAGGGCGCGCUCGGGGCUGGAGGAGCUGGGGCUGGACGGAGGCUCCUCCCCUGGGCGGGGCCCGGGCGGGGACAGCAGCUCCGUGUCCUCAUUGGGCCGCGAUGGCUCCGCCCCCGGAAGCACCAAGUCGGGCUCGGGCAGCCCCGGGGGCGGCAGCGCCGGGGGGGUCCCGGCCGGGGGGGGCCUGUCCCCCGCAGAGGUGGCCGAGCUGUUCCAGAGGCUGGCCCAGAGCCAGCAGGAGCGCUGGCUGCUGGAGGAGAAGGUGAGGCACCUGGAGGUGUCGAGCGCGUCCAUGGCCGAGGAUCUGUGCAGGAAGAGCGCCAUCAUCCAGAGCUUCGUCAGGGACAGCCGCACAGAGGCCGCGGCUCCGGCGGGGCCGGCGCGGCGCGGGGCGGGGCCGGGCCCGGGUGAGGAGGGGCUGCGGGAGAUGAACAAGAAGCUGCAGAACCUCCUGGAGGAGCAGCUGACCAAGAACCUGCACCUGGCACAGGACCUGGAGUCGCUGUCCCAGGAGCUGGCGCAGCUCAGGAAGGAACAGGCGGCCCCCGCGGGACCCCCCUGAGGGGCGGGGCCUCCCCUGGUGGGCGGGGCCUCGCCCCCUGCCCCCCCGCAGGCUCCGCCCCCUGGCCGGGGCGCUGCUGCGGGGAGGCGUUGCCCCUUUAAGGACGCGGUUGGUCCAUCCGGCAUUGCCCCUUUAAGGCCGGACGGUUCUUUACGUGGCGUUGCCCCUUUAAGGGUGGGCGGGGCUCCCUGGAGGGCGUUCUCCUUUAAGACUGGGGGCGGUUCCCGCCGCGGCGUUGCCCCUUUAAGAAGGACGUGGUCCCCACUCUGGCGUUGCCCGUUUAAGGGGGUCCCGCAUGCGCCCCCCUCUCCCUCCCAAUAAACCCAAUGUGAAUCGC